UUUAAUUUUUGCGUGUACACUGUAAUUGAAAUAUACCGGAGACUUCAUACGUGUGUGUAUUAAUUCCAAUGUACCAUAAGAACUAGUAAACAUUCGAUAAAAAUUUGAGAAUAAACAGCAUAAUUUAUUUAUUGAAGUGUUUUACUCUAAUUAAUAAAGAAAAUGGCUGAUGCAGAUACUGCCUGGGAUGAUAUGUUAGCAAUUGCUAAAUUACGACAACAAGAGUAUUAUGAACUUCUUGCAGAAUGGACAGAAUAUAAGGAAUCUGAAUAUAAGUACUUAAGGCUAAAUAUUGGUUUUGCAAUGUUUGGUCCUCCAUCAGAAAAUCCAGAAAGCAAUGUUAUGUUACAUGACAUGCUCACAGAGACUAAUAAUUAUGACAUUUCUAGUACAAUUUAUUACAAACCUGACGCUGAAAAAAUGAUAGACAGUAUAUAUAAAAAAGUAUGUGAAUUUGGAAAAAGAUCUAUAAUUUAUGAAGAAGGAUGUAAAUGCGAUAGAACAGAUAAAGAAUCGAUUUUUUAUGGAUUAAUUUAUAAUAUAACAUUUCCUACUAGAGAUAUGUGUGUGGUAUCUAAGAAGGAAAAUGAAGAAAAGAAGGAAAAUGAAGAAAAAGAAAUAAAUGUGUGUCAAGAUCCAAUUUUUAAAAUAAAAAGGCAUGUAUAUAAUUCUGAGAAGAAAAAGUGUUUCCAUGAAAUAUGGUAUAUUGAUACAUGUGCUAGAGUAUAUAAAGAUUGGGAAAAUUACAAAGAAACAAAUAUUUUACCACAGUGUACAAUGGUGCUUCCAAAAGAUGGCUUUUAUCAACCUGAUCCAAGUUGUGAAAUUACUGUGGAUUAUUCAACAGUAUGGUUAGAAACUGUAGAAUCACCUGCAUGUAGUACUGCCUCUGUAGCUGCUACCUAUGUAGACGUAGUUUCUAACAUUGUAGGUGUUGUUGGAUUUGGUCUAUGUGUUGCAUCUGUGUUCACACCUGUUGGACCUGUAAUAGCAGGCGCGGGAAUAGCUUCUGGGGUAAGCGGUGCAUGGACUUUUGGCAGAUCAACAAGCCACUUGGUAGAUAGAUACAAUCAUGAACAAAGUAUUAGCCCACUGGAUAGAAGUGCAUUUUGUUCAUGGUUAUCUAUAGGUGGUAGUACAGUUGGUAUAGCUUCAAGUGGAGGGAAUAUUAUUCUUUCCAAGCUUGUUCAAAAUGGUAAGACUAUAGGUCUAGCUACCAAAAUCGCAUAUAAUUCAUUAAUAAUAAGUAGUUUAAGUAUUAAUGGCGCUGGUAUAGCAUAUCAAGCAUAUUGUAUGUAUGAAAAAUAUACACAAGGAGAAGAGAUUAAAGUUAUAGAUGUAGCACUACUGUCAGCUCAUAUUUUAUUCUUUGGUAAUACCGUUGUAAAUCAACAAUUUGCGGGAGAUCUCAUUGAAUCUACCCAAGGUCAAAUUUUAGAAGAUUAUAGAGCUACAAUACGAUCCAAGCAUCUUCGCAGGCAAUUUAAUCGUGCAAAACGUACCGCUGCUGCAAAUAAUGUAGAUAAAGCAUCUGAAAAUGCUGAAGUUAUACGUUAUGUUAAUAGAAAAAUAGACUUGAGAAUUAAAUCAGGCAAUCCUGUUAUAUCUAAUACUAAAUUGAUUGAUAACGGGAAAACGAGGAUUGAUGGCGUUAUGUUAUUAGAUCCCAUAAUAUUUGUAAGGACAUUUAUUAAGUUUAAACCCGACCUGUCUAGUGAGGUUAAUUCUACAGAAAAUAAAGAGGGUGAGAAUGAAAGUAUGUUUAUCCAAUUGAGAGAUUUGCUAUUGACUUUAUUGCAGAAAUUUAAUUCAAAUGAUACUAAUGCAAGAUUUAACACUACCAGCUAUGAUGAUAUAUUGAGAGACAUGAAAUGUAUAAAGGAUGCCCCAAGUGUUCUCAUGUUGAUAUUUAAAAUAGCUAGUUUUCUAACAAAGAAAUGUUCAACAUGUUCAGAUUGCAUAGUUGAAGCAGUUCGUUUUAUUUGGUAUUAUGUAAAAGCAAGUUUAAAGGAAACUCUUUUAGGUACAUUUAAAAUGGCAGAUAGACAAAUGCAAAGAACAUUAAAUAAACUUAUAACAACUUUGUACCAACACUUGGAGGAGAUGGAUGAAAGGUUAUUUUCAGCUUUUAAAGAAUAUCUAAAUAGUGUUUCUAGGGAGAAACAUCCUACUGAUAUAGGGAGAAAUUAAGAAACAACUGUUUAUAUUUACAUUUUAUACUGACUUUAGAGAAUCUUUAUUAGAACAAACACAUGUGCUUUCACGUCGUCGCACAAACACGUCGCAUCUUUACAUAUCAGCUAUGCUAGGAAACAGGAAAGAAUGUUUGUUAUUUGAUGAAAUUUUCUAUUUUCUUCAAAUGUUGAUAUAUUUGUAAUUAAUAUUAUAUAUACUGUAUUUGUAAGUACGCUACAUGUAGGUAAAUUUAUAAAAUGAUUCUAUCGUUAGAACAAACGG